ACUACAGUUGCCCAUAGACAUUGUGUUUUGACAAAGUUUUCGUGAGAUAAAAAUGACGAUCCUUACAUUUUAAUUAAAAAUUAAAAUAAAAUUAAGUGCCUCAAAACAUGACUGUGUGGAAAAACCUUGAAAAUGAGGAAUGCUACGCCGUCGCUGUAUACAACUACACGAACAACUCGCAGCAUCAUCUGCAGCUGGAAGUGGGCGAGCUGGUGCACCUCCAGCGGGAGACCAGCCACUGGUACUGGGGCACCAGCCUGCGCGCGGGCACCAGCGGCGCAUUCCCUAAGACGUACGUCGUCAUACGAGACUGCACCGUCGAUAGAUGCGGGGACGCUGUCGUGGCGUCGGCGGGCGGACGCGUAAUGGGUGUUGGUUUCUUUACCCUAUCUACUACUCUCUGA